AAGAAGUGGUGGCGAGGAACCCCGAAGGAGUCAUCGGGCAUUCACACUAUGAUGCACCGCGACGCUUACCAGUGUCGCGUUUGUUGCAGCGUUCGUUGCAGCAGUAGAUAGUUUUCCACCUGAUUUUCAUCGAGGUUCAUCUGAAGCUUGUGAAGGCCGUCGGUGAUCGUAACAAUUUCCUGUCUUUCGUGGCGCUUUGGCUUUGGAUCAGCGUAGGGUCUAGCAUCCCGUUUUUGGUCACUGUGAUCGUAGCGUGCCUUAUUGUGUCAUGUCAACUCUAAGUACGGCGGGAAACAAAUAAUCCCCGUGCGUUGUCUGGUUUCCGUUUGGUUUUUGCUCGAGCACACAAGACGCACUUUCGUUUUUCACCCGGCCUUGUGCAACAUGUCUGCCGCCGCGACCGACGUCGACUAUGACGGAUACGUCGCAGCUCUGCGUGCGGAGGGCGGGUCCUCCAUGGACGACCUGCGGCGUGCGUUUCGGAAGUUGGCGCUACAGGCGCACCCGGACAAGCCCGGGGGGUCCGCCGACCGUUUCAGGGCGUUGGUGCGUGCGGCGGAGCGGGUAGAGGCCGAACUCAAUGGCGAUGUCGAACUCAAUGGAGCCGGUGCGCCGGCAACCGCUCCUUCCAGAGCAUCUUCAGGUGCUGCAUCAUCAUUCGGGGCCGCAGCAGGUCGUCCCCCGGCCGCAGGAUCUUCCGGCCCUAAACGCCGGAAGGAGGACUGGGUCAAUCUGGGAUCGGAAAAGUGGGUUGGCGGCGGGAGGACGAGUACGGCCUCCUCUAGCGCGGCUUUGCGAGUAAACCGUGGGUCUCGGUUUGAGAGUGCGACGGACGAAAAUUCGGAAGAGGAAAUUGUGGACGCCCGAUUUGUGGAUCUCCGCUUUGCGGAUCUGAAAUUCACCGACGGCGGGGAAUCGCGGCAAAAACCACGGUCGGAGCGGUGGACGGUCAGGGGAUCGACAACAUCUUCCGGGAAUAAUCUUCCCGGCGCUGGAGGCAGAGAUAGCAAAAACGUUGGUGACUCGGAUAUUGUAGGUACACGAAAUAAAACCGGAAGCACCAGCAGUGCAAAAAUACCGCUGACAUCUUCGAAAAAUCCUGGCGUUGAGCAGGAGCCUAAACCAGACGAGAGGCCGAAGAGCCGGUUUCUGAAAAAAGCCAGCUGUGCCGCCUGCAGCAUCAUCUGAAU